AUGCGGGACCCGGAGACGGGCAGGCCACUCUUCGCCGUCAGGUGCAUCGAGCUCGCCUGCCAGGCAUGCAAGGAAGACGGCAAGGCGCACGAGUGUGUGCACCUCCUGCAUCUCGUCCCGCAGUGGCAGAGUGGCGAGAGGCACAGGAGGCUGAAGGUGAUGAUGCAGGAUCGCCCGGAUCUGAUACAAUCCGAGCUGGCGGGGCUGGCGUUCGACUCCCUGCAGCAGGCCUUCCGCCCCAAAGACGUGGAGAUCAUGUUCGAGCAGGUCGCCCCUCCCCUCUCCAACGGACAGACCGUCUUCGUCGUCGUGGACCCGGCGGCGGGAGGGCCGCAGAGCGACUACGCCGUCGUGAGCAUCGUGAGGAGCAAGGGGCUUGUGACGACCUCCCGCAGCUCCCGCUCGAAGUCGACGCUGAGGCGGAGCUCGUCGCGGAGGAAGCGGGGCACGACGCGGGAGCCGAGCUCGCGGAAGAGCACGGGGGCCUUGUGGGGGCAGAGGCCCUUGAGCGUGACCCCGGUGGGUUCGUGGAGGAAGGAGCGGCAGACCGCCUCUUUUAGCCCCAUGUCCACGUUGAGCAAGAGGAAGAAGACGCACCUCGCGCUCUCCGCGGCGAUCCUCUCCACCGCCCCCUUGCAGAACUCGAGCGUGAUCGUCGGGAUGGACGUGCUGUCGGGAUGCAAAGAGCCCGACAAGCAGUUCGACCUGCUCGGGGAGCACAUGGAGAGGCUGCGGGGGAUGAACACCGCGCUCUACGCCUCGGAGUUCGUCGUCAUGGUGGAGCGGAACCUGGGCUUCGAGGCGGAGUACCACCAGCGGCACUUCAACGGCAUGCCCCAUGUCCGCUUCCGCGUCGACCACAAGGCCCAGAGGUACGGCGUGCUGACGACACUCGAGAUAAAGCACGCCAUGUGCACCAUGCUCAACACCAUGCUGCGGGAGCGGAGGGUGCACCUCUGGGGCGAGUUCGUCAGCCGCGACCCCAGGGGCAUGAAGCGCCGGCUCCGCGAGCAGCUCGAGAUCUACUCCUACCAGUUCAAGGGCGCCGCCAGCGUCUUCAACAAGGACCAGCUCGCGCUCAGCGGGAAGGUCGGCGGGAUGAAGGACGACGUCUGCAUCGCCCUGCAGCUCGCCUGCUACUACAGCUCCAACCCGGAGUUCUACGUGUAG